CAGGCAGGCAGAUGUGCUGGAUUCACUUUCAAAGUAAUUCGAAAACGGAGCUGACGCCCUGACAGAAGCCUCCAGACCCGUCUUGUUUGUUCAUUCAGGAUGACCUCUCUCUUCAGUCUGUGCUGUCAGGCUCUUAUCUUGUUUCUGUGUUACGCAGAUUGUGAAGCUGAGAUUUCCUGUAGAAAUGAAGCUGGGGAGCCUGUUGAUUGGUUUAUCAUCUACAAGCUGCCCAGGUAUAAGAUCGGCGAGGUGGGCAGUGGCGUGGACUACAUGUACCUGGACUCUUCACUGAAGAGCUGGCAGAUGAGUCAAUUCAUGAUUAACGCCAGUCAAGGAGCCGUCGCGAACACACUCAACCAGCUGUACAUGGGUGAGGCCUACAAGUCCAACAGCUCAGCCUACGCACUCUACAAUGAUGCUCCACCACUGAUGGAUUACAUCCAAGACUAUGGACACACUAAAGGGGGGCUGCUCUUUGACCGCUCUCAAGGUUUCUGGCUGUCGCACACCGUUCCCCAUUUCCCCUCGUUCGCGGAGAGAGGCUACCUUUACCCCUCCUCCGGCAAAGUCAACGGCCAGACUGCUCUGUGCGUGACCUACCAGUAUGAGCAGUUUCUCCAUGUAGCAAAGCAGCUGGUCUACCUUUACCCACGUGUCUAUAACUGCUCUGUACCGGCUGCGUUCUCGGCCGACCUGCCCCAGUUGGCCCAGUUAUGUGACGGCUCCAGACCACCGCUGACCUCCGAUAAGAGAGUGCAGCAGCUCGUCUCAGUCAAGGGGGAAAAGUUUUUCAGUUUUGUCAAAUCCGAACGCUUCGUAGACGAUAUCUACACAGGCUGGGUGGCGCAGGUCCUGGAUGCCGACCUGCUGGUGGAGUCGUGGCAGAGACAAGGUCACGAUCUGCCCUCCAACUGCUCCCUGCCCAAACAUGUGAUGAACAUCAAGAGGGUUCAUCUCCCCGGAUCGCUCCCGUUCAAGUCCUACAACGACCACUCCAAGUGGUGUGUGUCGCGGGGUUAUGACCACGACGUGACCUGCCUGGGGGACAUGAACAGGGAGAUGACCCAGCUGAAGCGCGCCGGGGGGCUGAUCUGCUCCCUCAACCCCCUGAUUUACAGGGCUUUCCGACAGGCGGUGGACUGGUACAUUGGCUGUUGACUGAGAGACACGGACAGAACGAUGUGGACUCUAUGAGUCUGACACUCAGAGGUUUAAAGAGGUUUUGAGUCUGUGCAGGUGUAGGCAUCCCUUUAAAGGUCCAGUGUGUAGGUUUAAGAUGGACAAAUCAAAUACUGGCUCUAAAGAGGUCCUUUAACGUUUUUACUUGACUUUAAGACCACCGUAGUUUCUCCUCUCCACACACAGGGAAAGGUGAGGUGAGCGGUAUCUGUUGGAACGCAUUAUGCUCUUCCACCACUAGAUGUCACUAUACCCCACAACCAUUUAAAAAGCCACAAGAAAUGUUUUACACAUAAUUUUUUUUUAAGAGCUUUUACCUUAAGUGAAUCUUAGCCAAGUACAUUCAUGUAGUUCUCAUACCACAGUUAAACAUCACUAUUGUAUUUUGUUGUGACUCUUUCUUUGAUAAAGGAAAAAAUUAUAUUU